CUUCUGUUGUACUGUGAUGAUGUGGUUUAGCAUGGUUCACUUCCGCGUAGGUGUUUAAUUCUGAGUGAAAGCGAGCCAUCGCAAUGGGAAGUUUAGGCGCUCCUCCUCUUUAAACCACACUCUACAUAGAUGUUCAGUAGACCCAAACCUGAAUUUCGUGUUUGAAACCUCUCGCAUGUAUACGAUUAUAAGGCAGUGCUUUCCGACCACUGACACUUCCUCUCUGUGCUCCUCACUCGGAAAUGAAAAUGGAGUUUGGAGUGUGUGAAUUAACUUACUGUUUUCUGGCCCUGAUUGCUGUUGUGUUCCUCGUGCUUGUUGUCAUUGCUCAUGUCACUGCUGGAAUGGUGGAUCAGAAGUGUGAUGAAAAGGAAAAGUAUUUCCUCACUGCAGCAGGCCUGAAGGAGGCUUUCCCUGGUCUGUCUGAGCCUUCUUCAUUGGAGCUCUCAGUUGUGGUGCCCUCCUACAAUGAAGAAUCCAGAUUGCCUGUUAUGAUGGAAGAAACCAUGGAGUACCUAGAGAAAAGACGGAAGAAAAAUAAUUCAUUUACAUAUGAGGUCAUUAUAGUGGAUGAUGGCAGCAAAGACAAAACGACAGAGGUUGGUUUAGGAUACACAAAGAAGUAUGGAGAGGAUAAAGUGAGGGUACUGACACUAAUGAAGAACCGUGGCAAAGGGGGAGCUGUGCGGAUGGGCACUCUGUGCACUCGUGGACGUCUCAUCCUGAUGGCCGAUGCAGACGGAGCCACAAAGUUUUCUGACAUUGAGAAGGUGGAGGCUGGUCUCCAGAAUCUCAUCCCAAAGCCAGAGAACAUGGCUAUAUCCUGUGGGUCCAGGGCUCACCUGGAAAAAGAAUCAGUGGCUCAGCGCUCUUUGUUACGGACUUUCCUGAUGUAUGGCUUCCACUUCUUGGUGUGGUUCUUCUGCGUCAGAGGGAUCAAGGACACUCAGUGUGGGUUUAAGCUCUUCACUCGUGAAGCAGCAAUGAGGACAUUCAGCAGUCUGCAUGUGGAACGCUGGGCAUUUGAUGUGGAGCUUCUGUAUAUCGCCCAGUGUUUUAAGAUACCUAUAGCUGAAGUAGCAGUUAACUGGACGGAAAUAGAAGGGUCAAAGCUAGUGCCGUUCUGGAGCUGGCUACAGAUGGGAAGAGAUCUCAUCUUCAUCAGACUACGUUACAUAACUGGUGCCUGGAGAUUGGAUUAUUCAGGGAAAUCCCAAUAGGACACAGCUUCAGCUGGUGUGCGGAUUUACAUGGUUGUGCUCCAGUGUGUGUCAUGUAACACUCACACAGACGAUUGCUACAAAUUAUAAUCACAUACUGUUGCAGUCUUCUGUCAGUGAAUGAGAUUACUGCAAGCUUUGCACUAGCUGCAAUUCUUUUUUAUCAUUGUCCAGGUGAACUGUUAAUAUCACAGUUGGUUUUUGUAGAUUGUGGUGAUUUUCAACUUGACAUGUACAGAAAAAUAAAAAUACAACACAUUA